AAAACGUUACAGCAGAUUCUAAUGUGUCAUUUAUUGGGAUUACAACAUGUUUCAGAACAUACAAAUUGAGAUUGUAAAAUAAUAAAUUCAACCUUCAACCUUGUGAUUUGUUAGCAGGAUGCCAAGUAAAGAAGUCAAGUUCUGUCCAACCGCUCUCUGAACCACGAGCUCAUGUGCGCAGUACGACCCAGCACUAGGCGGCCCUAUUCUGGACUCGGCUCGGUUCUUGGUCUCUCGAUGCAGUUUCCCAUUAUUCCCGCACAUGUCGCUGCAGGCCUGACCGACGCAGGAGCCUUUAUUUUGACAGAGUAACCCGGAUAGAAAGACAGGAUGCGUUUUGUUCUGAUUCCUGGAUCGCGGACUGAGCUGCGGGCGCUUCUGUUGCUGCAGCGGUCUGUCAGUGAUGGGGGGGUAUGCGGUUCCAUACAUGUUCUUGCUACUUUGCCUCACCCUUCUACUCCUUACAGUUCCUCCUCUACGGGCCUGGGACGCGGACCUUGAGCUGUUGGACCUGGUCGAGGAGAUCCCUCAGAAUUUCUACGAGUUCAUGUCCCUGAAUCAGGAUGCUUCUGCAGUGGAGGUAAAGAAGGCAUACCGGCGCCUGUCGCUUAUUCUGCAUCCAGACAAGAACAAAGAUGAAAACGCUGAAACUCAGUUUCGACAGCUUGUUGCCAUUUAUGAAGUUCUCAAGGAUGAGGAGAAACGAAGCAAGUAUGAUGACAUCCUGGUCAAUGGGCUUCCAGAUUGGAGGCAGCCAGUUUUCUAUUACAGAAGAGUGAGAAAGAUGAGUAAUGCUGAGCUGGGCUUUCUCCUCUUCCUCAUCCUCACUGUGGGACACUAUGCAGUCAUCUGGUCCAUUUACCUAGAGAAGCAGCUGGAUGAGCUGUUGAGUAAGAAGAAGAAAGAAAAGAAAAAGAAGCUGAGUUCCAGACCUGCAGAGGAACUCAGGUGUGCUGACCCGGACCGUGCCGACAGAGUUCAGGAUCGACCACACUGGCAGGACAUCCUCCCACUAAAACUCAGCAUCUGGCUCUACCUGUCUAUCAAAAACCUGCCUCAGACUAUCCAGGAAGUGAAGCAGUACUAUGAGGACUACAAGCAGAUGAAGCAGCAGCAGCAGCAGCAGAGAGAAGCAGAAGCUGAACAAGAAGCUGUAAUCAGAGAGAAGAGGCCAAAGGUCAAAAAGCCAAAGGUGGAGUUCCCAGUCUACCAACCAUCUUCAGAGAACCUUAACUGUCAGAGCUAUGACCAGACCACGUCCAUUGAGGAGAUUGAAGACCAAAUGGAUAAUUGGCUGCAGGACUGCAAGGCUGCCAAGAAAAAGACCUCAGACUGGACAGAGGAUGAGCUCAGCCUCCUCAGCAGAUUGAUGGUUAAAUUUCCAGGAGGAACUCCAGGUCGAUGGGAAAAGAUCGCUCAUGAAUUGGGCCGAUCGGUAUCAGAUGUGACAACUAAAGUAAAACAGGUGAAAGACAACGUCCUCCAAGCCUCAGGUCUAGUUAAGCUCUCCCAUCUGAAGGUUCCAUCCCUUCCCAUUGCUGAUAGUCUGGAUGGAGCAUACGAGGAGGAGAGGGAAGACACAGUGCCAACAGUCCGGAGGAGGAACAAGAAGGCCCCAUUGGUGGAGGGCGCCGAGCUGAAGGUCAGAGGUCGUCGGCAGAGGGAUUUUGACCCUUUACUGGUGGAACAGGAGGCAGCAGAGGCCCAAGGAAGCAGGGAAAAAGCAGACCCUGUCUCUUGGACUCAGAACCAGCAGAAACUGCUAGAGCUUGCUUUGCAGCAGUUCCCCCGAGGAACAGCAGAGCGCUGGGACCGCAUUGCCAAGGUGGUCCCUGGGAAGACCAAGGAGGACUGUAUGAUUCGUUACAAGAUGUUGGCUGAACUUGUUCAGAGAAGGAAACAGGCAAAAAGCUGAAGGACCCUGCAGCUGACCUCUGACCCUCUUGGCGUAGCAUUCGUCAUACUGGUGGCCCCAGUCAGAUAUUGGGGCAGGUGAGUCACUGAAUGGACUGAACCAUGGUUUUACUUUUGUAUGUGAUGUGGUGGCAUACCUGCUUAGGUGCAUUGUUAUCAUGUGUGACAAGACUUGGGUAACAGCCACCUGACCUCUGACCUCACAGCUUCAUGUGCCUUAGUUCAGCCUGCUGUUAAACAUUAAACAAAUCACCUGUUUAGCCAAUCAAUCCUUGUAUUUAUUGUCCCACUUUGUUUCUCAUUGUUUUAGAUUCCGUAAAAAAUUGAAUAAAAAAGUAAAACUUGAUUAAGUUUGAUGUUUUCACUUAGUCCUAUUUGCUGAAUUUUAGUUUUAUGUUAAAGCUGCUCUGUGUAAAUAAAACUGAAACAUUAAAGACAAAUACUCUGUUUUGUGA